AUGGUGGAGCGGGGAGACUCGGCGCCGCUGCUGCGCUGGGCCCAGGGCCCCGCCGUCUCUCCGCCGCAGGCCCCGGAGCUGCAGGCUGGAGGCCGGGGCUGGGGCAGCGGCGGGGGCGGCCGGCCGGCCGCGGAGCUGCCCAGGAGGCGGGAGCCCGAGGAGCUGGGCGCCUCCGAGGUGCUGCUGCAGCCCGGGCGCCUGGAGCUGGGCGACGUGGAGGAGGACCAGGUGGUGGCCGUGUUCGUGGUCACCUUCGAUCCCCGCUCGGGGAACAUGGUGGAAUGGUGCCUACCUCAAGAUAUUGACCUUGAAGGUGUUGAGUUCAAGUCUAUGGCCAGUGGGUCCCAUAAAAUUCAGUCGGACUUCAUCUAUUUCCGAAAGGGGCCGUUCUUUGGCCUGGCCUGCUUCGCCAACAUGCCUGUGGAGAGUGAGCUGGAGCGCGGCGCCCGAAUGAAGUCUGUGGGCAUCCUCUCUCCGUCCUACACCCUGCUUUACCGGUACAUGCACUUCCUGGAGAACCAGGUUCGACACCAGCUGGAGACGCCGGGACAUUACUCCCAUCUGGCUGCAUUCUACGAGGACAAGAAAGGGGUGCUCCAUGCCGGUCCGGGGAGAGGCAGCAGCCUGCCCCCCGUCUACUGGCUGCCUUCUAUCCACCGAUACAUGUAUCCCGAGAUGAAGAUCACACACCCAGCUGGCUGCAUGUCUCAGUUUAUCAAGUUCUUUGGAGAACAGAUUCUCAUCCUUUGGAAAUUUGCCUUACUUCGAAAGCGCAUUUUGAUAUUUUCUCCCCCUCCUGUGGGUGUCGUAUGCUAUAGAGUGUACUGCUGCUGCUGUCUGGCCAACGUCUCCCUGCCGGGCAUCGGGGGCACCGUUCCUGAGUCCAAGCCCUUCUUCUAUGUGAACGUGGCUGACAUCGAGAGCCUGGAGGUAGAGGUGUCCUAUGUGGCCUGCACCACAGAGAAGAUUUUCGAGGAGAAGCGGGAACUGUAUGAUGUCUAUGUGGAUAACCAGAACGUGAAGACACACCACGACCACCUGCAGCCCUUGCUGAAGAUCAACAGUGCUGACCGCGAGAAGUACCGGCGGCUCAACGAGCAGAGGCAGAUGCUGCUAUACUCCCAGGAGGUGGAAGAAGAGUACAACCCCUGUGAGGAGGACCUCUUCGUGCUGUUUUUCCUAGAGCAAAACAACCGGAUAUUUCAGACUUUGCUGGAGGUGUCCGCCAGUCAAGAUAAAACCCUGACCGCUGAGCAUGCCCGCGGCAUGGGUCUAGACCCGCAAGGGGACCGGAGCUUUCUGAUGGACCUGCUGGAGGCCUACGGCAUCGACGUCAUGUUGGUCAUCGACAACCCCUGUUGCCCCUAG